CUCUGAUUCGUUGAAGGAGGUAGUUACCGACAAGCCUCUGUACCCCGCGAAAACCCCAGAUUCGUUAUUUCCAGGGACAAACCCGAAAUCUGGGGCCUUCUUUCCGUGUGCCGAUCCCGACUAGUCCUGGAGGCGUAGAACUCUAACCACAUACAUCUUAAGUUCAAUAACCUUAAGCCCGUUCGGCAUCAUCAACAUGACGAUCAUCCUAGACUUUUGCCUCGCGAGGACAUAGUGCUCUGGAAUAAGUGGACUUGGCCCAUAGAACAGCGGUGAACCCGGCGGGGAAAAUGAUCAAGAGCGUGUCACGAUGCUCAUUUUCCCGUUGUAGACGGCACUAUUGUAUCUUCUUUAAAGACAUGAGAGGCCCUAUACUGCCGUUGUUGACUUCCACGCCUGCAAUCCCCCGUCAUUGUGCCAUUGUCGUCUCGUGUAUCACAUACUGUGCCUCACAAUGCGACCUCUCCUGGUCUCUGCGCUCGCGGCUGUGGUCGUUGCAGCACCGGCUCCUGAAUUUAUCCACGGCGACUCAGACGCGUCGCUUUUUCGCUUUUACGACAACCCAGACUUCCUGCAAGGACCCUGCGACAUCACAACCGGCCCGGAUGGUAACAUCUGGACGCAGAACUUCCUCGACAAUUCGAUCUCGAAGAUUGAGAUCGAGAGCGGCAAGGUGACCAAUUACAAGAUUCCGUACUCGCCUGAUCAGUUGUACAACACCACAAAUCUUCCGUUGACGGGGCGCAUUGCGUUUGCGUGCGCUAUCCAGCCGGGGAAAGAUGGCAAUCUGUAUGCUGCGACCGGUGUUCGUAGUCAGUUCUUGAAGAUCAAUCCCGCGACUGGUUUCAUAAAGGUUUUCACGCCGCCGCUGCCAAAUGUGCCUCUACUAGGCAAUAUCCAGCCUUUCAACGACCUAUGGCCCGAUGAGACAGGCAUGUAUUAUAGCCUGACCACAGCCGGCACAUUAUAUCACUUCGACUACGCCACCGAGACCUUCGACGGCGUGUACCCGCUACCCACACCCCUCAACGGUGUCGUUGGCGUAUACGUCGACCAACAACAAGGCAACGUCUGGCUCGCCGAGUUCUUUGGGCAGAAGAUUGCCAAAUUCAACCCCUCGACCAAGACCUUCACCGAGUACCCACUCCCGCUCGACGGCCUCGGCAUCGUCGUCGUGCGCGCCGAGACCGAGCAGCGAUACAUCUGGUUCACUGGCUUCCUGUCCGGCACAAAUGUGCGGUUUGACAUGGCCACGGACGAGAUUAAGGUGUUCCACGACACGGGCCUGCUGGGCCUGGCCAGUCUGCCGACGGAGAACACGGUCGACACGCGGCAUGAUUGUAUGUGGUAUAGUACGGCGAGCAGGAACACGAUCCAGUAUAUUGAUACGAAUGGCGUGACGACGAUUAUUGAUAUGCCGGAUAAUGGCAUCACGCAGCCGCUGGGCGUGCCGCCAGGUUUGAAUAUCGCGAUUCAUUACAAUGGCGGAGAUGAUAAUGCCAUUUAUUUCUCGCAGACGUUGAGGAAUAGGAUUGGGAGGUAUCAAUUAGGUCCGUAA